CAGUUUCCACCGUCACGGCCACAUCUUCCCCGGUGGAAGACAGAGAGAAAGCCUCCACCCAUUGAUCGAGGAGAGGGAGAAACACAGGUCGAGGCCAAAAUUUGUACAACAAUUUUGGAUUGAGAAUUCUGUACUUCACAGGUUAUCAAGCAAGUAUUGGGGAAUAUCGAAGUUUCCGUGUGCAACUUUGCUGAUUAAGGAUUGUUGGUUCCUUGCAAUUUGACUGCUCUCACCUCCACUGUUAUUAUCCACCACAGGUGUUUAUUGAUUGUUAUUUAACUCAAGUCCAUCCGAUAAACAAUUAGCUAUGACCCUUAAUCGGAGAGCUAUGCUUAAGGUUUCCUCUGUCCUAACCCAAAUUGGUGGUUCAAAAUACAAAUGGCAGCCGUCCUUGAAUAACUGUAAUAUUGAAAUCAUGACCAGUCAUACUCCUUCUUUCAAAGAACGAUGUCGAAGUUCCUUGGAGGGUUCAAAUCUUCUCAGAUGCUUUUGUACUAUAUUCACAAGAAGUUUGGAGAGAUCAGAGGAUUCAGAUGGUGAAGUUCUCACUGCACACUCAGAUUCUGAUACAGAAGGAUCACAACUAGAACCAUGCAUGCAAGAUAUAGCCUUAAUGCGUGAUGUUGAGAAAAUAUCUGUUUUCUUAUGUGGUUUUGGAAGUGAUGGUCCCAGAGCUAGACCCAUGCUUGAGCAGUGUGGGAUAGAAGCUUCAUCUGAUUUGGUGAUACGGGUUCUUUCUAAGUUCAGGAAUGAUUGGGCUGCGGCCUUUACCUUCUUCCUGUGGGCAGGGAAGCAACCAGGAUACACCCACUCCAUACGUGCAUACCACACUAUGAUCUCUAUUCUGGGGAAGAUGCGGAGGUUCGAUACAGCGUGGGCAUUGGUAGACGAAAUGAGGGGUCGACAUAGUGGGACUAGCAUGUCCAUGGUGACUCCUCAAACCCUUUUGAUAAUGGUCAGAAAAUAUUGUGCUGCACAUGAUGUGGGGAAUGCCAUUAACACUUUCUAUACUUUCAAAAAGUUCAAGUUUGAGGUAGGAAUCAAUGAGUUUCAAGAUCUUUUGUCCGCUUUAUGUAGGUACAAGAAUGUGGAAGAUGCUGAGCAUUUGCUUUACUCCAAUAAGGAUACCUUCCCAUUCGAGACGAAGAGCUUCAAUAUAAUUCUCAAUGGUUGGGGCAAUAUAGUGGGCAAUCUUCGUGAGGCUAAGAGGACUUGGAGGGAUAUGUGUAACAAGGGUAUACCUCAAGAUGCUUUCUCUUAUAAUAGCAUGAUAUCGUGCUAUUCCAGGGCAGGAAACCUUAAUGAUGCUCUAAAACUAUUUAAUCAAAUGAAGGAUUUGGGUGUCGAUCCAGAUAGGAAGGUGUACAAUGCAAUGGCAUUUGCCCUUGCUAAAGGAAACUGCACAAGAGAAGCCAUCCAUCUUGUGAAGACAAUGGAGGAGAAAGGUUUCUCUCCUGAUGCGGUAACAUACAAUUCAUUGAUUAAACCUCUCUGCAAGGCCCGCAAAAUGCAAGAUGCACGUGCCGUCUUUGAUGCGAUGUUGCAGAAGAGAUUUUCCCCGUCUUUCAGGACCUUCCAUGCUUUCUUUCGUGCACUUAGGAGUGAGGAAGAGGUGUUUGAUCUCUUGGACACAAUGAAGCGGAUGGGUUGCUCCCCAACAACUGAUACAUAUAUAAUGUUGAUAAGGAAAUUUUGCAGGUGGCGCCAGCAUGAAAAUGUCUUUAAGAUUUGGAACGAGAUGGGCACAAAUGGGCCCUGCCCUGAUCGAAGCUCAUACAUUGUGUUGACUCAUGGUCUUUUUCUGAAUGGUAGGGUGGAUGACGCUUUCAAGUACUAUGAAGAAAUGAAGACUAAAGGGUUUGAACCAGAACCAAAGACUGAUGAGAUGUUUGGGGCUUGGGCUUCUGGUAAAGAAACCGUGCCUCCUCGAGUAUUGGAACUUAAAAGUACAACACAUGGUAAGAAUAGUUAUGGUAGACUAUGUAGAGACUUUCUAAAACAACCAGAGGCAAGAAGGUUCACCAGAGAGAAGGGAUUCCGUUUUCCGGAGUAGAUAGAUUCAAGCAGGAGUUGAAGUUUCUUGCUGCAAUGGGAUGCUCUAGUUGCUUUAUCUUCUCCAUCCAAAUGGGUGGAAGAUAAUGCAACAUCGGCCAAUAAGAUUGGCUUGUAGAAGUUGUUUUAAACUUUUACAAAUUGUAUCUCAAUGUAUCAUGGUUUGAAAUCCAGGACUGGGACUUUGUCGAUGUAUCAUGGUUUGAAAUCCAGGACUGGGACUUUGUCGAUGUAUCAUGGUUUGAAAUCCAGGACUGGGACUUAGUUGAUUGACAAA